CUUUCCACUUGGGAAACAUCAUCUAGACCCUAGUCUAGUCUCACCUUGCCUGCAGGUUGGGGCCAGCCGCUUUUACCGAAGCUGGUUAAUUAUUUCCUCUUUCUCCUAUUCCCCUCUCGUCUUAUUUAUUCUCCGUGCAAGGGGUUGAGUUUUGUACGACUUGGAGAAAAUUAUUCGACCCUUCUCUUCCUUUUUCAUUUCUUAACAGCCUUCCUCUUUCAUUGGUGAGAUCUUUUAUCUAUCGGCCAUGACAGACGCCGAGUCCAAAGCUCCCAGUGUUGGGGCGCAACAGGUAGCCUCGGGUAACCAGGAUGAUGCAUGGCGAUAUCUCCAGGAUCACGCUGCUGUUCAACAGGCCGAUGUCGAGUCCGUUGACCUGCAGCAGCUGCGCAGAAAGAUUGACUGGAACAUUGUACCGUUGAUGUUUUGCUGCUAUACAUUGCAAUUUAUCGACAAAGUCAUUAUCAAUUAUGCAGCCGUAAUGGGAAUCAGUGCUGAGCUGAACCUGGUUGGAAAUGACUUCUCUAAUGUCGGGACCUCGUUCUUCAUCGCCUAUCUGAUCGCUGAGGUGCCUAACACGUUCCUUCUACAAAAGGUUCCCGCUGGAAAAUGGCUAGGUGCUAAUGUAAUACUCUGGGGUAUUGUCGUCGCUGCCACCGCCGGCGUCAAGAACUACACUACCCUCGUUGUGGCGCGCGUCUUCCUCGGUUUAUUCGAAGCUACAAUAGGCCCAUCGCUAAUGCUCAUCAGUAGCCAGUACUACACCAAAUCAGAACAAGCUCCGCGCUUCAGUAUCUGGUAUUUGGGCCUUGGUGUUGGUCAGAUUCUUGGUGGUCUAAUAUCAUUUGCAUUUCAGCACGUCAGUCUUCAUGCGUCUCUCUCUGGGUGGCGGAUUAUGUUCAUUGUUUUGGGCCUGAUCACAUCUCUAAUCGGUUGCUUAACUUUCUUCUUCAUCCCGGAUACUCCAAUGAAAGCGCGUUUCCUUAGCGAAGUAGAGAAGGUUGCGCUCUUGAAACAUAUCAGCUCGAAUAAAACCGGAAUUUGGAAUACCAAAUUUGAGAUAAAACAGAUUAUUGAAGCUCUUCUUGACCCCCAGCUGUGGUUGUUGACCUUGAUGGUUAUCCUACAAUCCGUUUCCUCCGGUGUUGUGACUACCUACUCAUCAACUCUCAUCCGCAACUUAGGCUUCAGUCCCCAGCACUCUGCACUGCUCAACAUGCCUAGCGGUAUAGUCAGUAUUUUCUUCACCUUGCUCGUCGGAUUCGGUAUACGUCGGGCCAGCCACCGUUGGGCCUGGGUAUUCAUGUGUAGCAUUCCAGGAAUCAUUGGUGGUGGUCUUAUGUCGUUUCUGCCAAAGUGGGAUACAGCCGGUUUAUUAAUCGGCGUCUAUCUCGUUAAUGCCAUUGUGGCACCCUUGCCGAUAAUCUAUCACUGGACCGCCGCCAAUUGCGCAGGCUAUACAAAACGGGCAUUUGCCAGUGCACUUGUAGCAGGCUCUUUUUCUGUGGGUAAUAUCAUAGGACCACAAACCUUUCAAGUAAAGGAUGCCCCGGAUUAUCGGCCAGCUAAAAUUGCUGUUCUGGCAACUCAGGCUGCAGCUGGUGUUCUAGCCAUCGUUCUAUUUAUUUAUUAUGUUUGGGAGAACAAACGACGGGAUGCUCAAACUAAUGUGCAAGCGGAAAUUGAUCCUCCAUCUGAUGAAUCUUCUGUCAAGGCUGUCGAUUGGUCCGGGUUGACUGACAAGGAGAACUCCAGUUUUCGCUAUGUUUAUUAAUGAGCAUGUCUCAAUUCCACUAGUUCGAUAGGCAAGUCUAUUGCUAGGAAAGAGUCUGUGUGUAUAUAUCUAUAGAUUUCCAAGUCAGCAAUAAUACUAGUGUUUAUUACAUCC